GUGAAAAGCAGCGAUUGUCGGAGCUGGAGGCUGUUAGUACUGAGCGGAGCCAGAGGUGGGGUUGGCUGCAGCUCCGGCGCUGACACUCGCCUCACUGCGCCCGGUCUUUGCAAGCUCCUGCAUAUAAUAGAGGCGAGAAUCUGCCAGCGUCUGUGCUAGUUCCAAGUCUUGGACAGAGCGGGCUUUUUGAACCGUUUUAUUCCCCCCAACAGAAAGUUGACAAUCCCUUGUGCACAGGGGUAGCUCAGGGAUUCUGUGCUAAAAUGCAGUAGCAACAGUGUCUUUGCCGUCAAUCGGGUCGGGCGGAUUACAAUGCUGAGGAGGAAGAGUUAAAGGUGAUGCGUACGGAGCUGGACUGGAGACGGAAGGGGAGUAGCCGGUGUCCACUGCUUGGAUUGAAAGACGCUUGGUUUUUGUUCUUGUUACUGCUCCCGGUUCAGAAGCACCGCGGAGAUGUUGGGGAAAGUGUCACUUGCUUGUUCCAGCAACUAAAUCAGAUGUAAUUGUGAAUCUCCUGGAUGAAGAUGGGAAGUGAAAUCUGCCUCCCCUUCAUUUGCUUUGUUGUUUAAAGACUGUGGGUCUGAUGUCGGGGUCUCUCUGCCCCUCUUUUCUAAUUUCAGAACUUAUUAAGAUGUUUUAAAAGCUGGGCAGAGUGUGUGAAGGCUCUUCAUUGCUGUAUUUUGCUGCCUGUCUCUGUGGUUUGACCCCUGACCUGUGGCUCCUGGUCACUUGGGGAAUGGGUUUGAUGAUGAGAAGCUGCAGGGUGCUCCCGGGUCGGCUCCUCCUGCUCGCCGCUGCUUUCCUCGUGGCCCCGGUUGCGGUCAGUGCCAGCGGAGAGUAUUGCCACGGCUGGCUGGACUCUCAGGGGACCUGGCACCAAGGCUUCCAGUGUCCCGAGCGCUUCGACUCGGGCUCGGCCACCAUCUGCUGCGGCUCCUGCUCCCUGCGCUACUGCUGCUCCAGUACUGAGGCCAGACUCGACCAGGGUCACUGUCACAACGACCAACCGGCGGUGAGCAGCGGCGAUGCGGCCGGCGGCGAGGGCAGGGACAGUGCUAACUCCUCAGCAGUGCCAAUCUACGUGCCUUUCCUCAUUGUUGGUUCUGUAUUUGUGGCCUUUGUCAUCGUGGGCUCAUUUGUGGCAAUCUGCUGCUGCAGGUGCCUCAAGCCUAAACAGGAACCACAACAGAGCAGAACCCCAACGGAAAAUCGCCUCAUGGAAACGAUCCCGAUGAUUUCGAGUUCUGGCAAUCCCAGAGGAUCCUCAUCCAGACAAUCCAGCACCGCUGCCAGCUCCAGCUCCAGUGCCAACUCAGGGGCCAGGGCCCCUCCUCUAAGAACACAGACAAACUGCUGUCUGCCAACAGAAGGGACCAUGAAUAAUAUAUACUUGAAUAUGCCACCUAAUUUCUCGGUGAUGAACUGCCAGCAAGCUCCACAGAUUAUGCCUCAUCAGGCUCAGUUUUUACACCCUCAGUAUUUGAGUUAUGCUGUGCAACAUGAUUCUUUGGCAAUGACCCCUACUCCUCCCUACAUAGAUGGACUGCAGAAUGGUUUCCGACAAAUGCAGACCCCCUUCCCUCAUGUUAGUGGGAAUACUGAACAGAUGAUGUAUACAACAGUAACUGUUUAGAAUGAUACUUCUCAAUUUUUGUAAUAUCUACAAUGAAAAGUUUAUUCCUUUAAAAUGUGAGAAGCAUAACUCAAUUUGAAACUCAAUUUGAGUUUUUUUAAAGCAAUUAGUUUGUCAACUGUAUCUCAGAUGAGAUGGCAAAAGCUUUUAUUAUGUGUACAAUGAAAACGUAUUUUUAAAUUUGCUACCCUGGCAAUGAUCCUGUGAAUAUUUGUGGUUAGCACUGUCAUGGUGAUGCUCCUGGGAGUAUAUCUGAUGGUUAAUGCUGCCCAGGUAAUGCUCUGGGAAUAUCUGGUGGUUAGUACCGCCUAGCCAAAGAUGUUGGGAGUACCUGAUGGUCAUUGCUAUUCAAUUGUUGGUUGGAAGCACUUGAUUGGUGAAUACUGUAACAGUAUACUGAUACUGAUUGGGAGUAUAACACUGGCCAUUGUUGCCCAGUGAUGAGUUGAGGAUGUAUAUGAUGGUCAGUUCUGUCUCAUUGAUGAUCGUGGCAGUACAUGCAAUUAGUUCUGUUACAUUGCUUAGAGCAGACAGUGUAACUGCACUAAUGAUUGCACAUUAAAGUUCAGAGUAGGAGUGGGAGAUUACAUUUUGACUUUGUUAAAUAGGCAACUUCUUAUUAGGUACUACACUGUCUGUAAAUCCAUCUCCCUCCAUCUACUCAGAAACAUACUAUUUCAUAAACCACAUGUUGAUUGUCAAUAUCUUACACUGGCCCAUCUCUACACAGCUGUUUCCAGAAAUAACCAAUCAAUUCCUGUUAAGAGUGCAAGGACAUUUUGGAUACUCCAAAUUUAAGUUUGUUGUAAAGGAUCACAAUUUAGUCCAAAACAAAGGAAAUGCAAAUACCUACAGAUGUUCAUGAAAAAUGGAUUUGAAUCUUAAGCAAUUUUAUCUCGAAAUUUUAACUGUGAAGCAAGCUAGCACCUUGGCUGCAGUCAUGGAAGGUCAUCACCUUUACAUGGCCAAUUCUGCUGACAGCAAUCUAUUCGUUAGUAUGGAAAAUGCCAUAAUUAGUUUAUUAUGUCCAUCUCUGAUAGUUUUGAAAUCAAUUCACUACAGUGUAAGGGAUCCAUGUUUGCCUUGAUUUUAUUCAACAACUAAAUGUGAUGGAAGUUUUUGUGUAACAACAAAUUAACGUGGAAUUCAUGGUGAGAUUAUGUCAAUUUCCACCUCCAUAAUGAUGGUUCCAUAAAUAUAAUUCAGCCAUCAUUCCCCAUUAAUUCAGAGAGUUUUCCAUAGAAAUCAGGUAUUUAGUUCAUUCCCAUUUAUUUCAAAUAAUUCAGAAAUUGUACCAGUAAUUUUACUUAUGUUGGUUGAUUUCUGAGAACCCUUACCAGUAGACUGCAGAUGGAUGUUCAAUUCAGAAUUGGUUUGUUUUGAAUGUUCAAAUAUUGAGAAUAUUUAAGUUACUUUAUGAUAUUCACAUUUCAACAAAAUGUUUAAAAGAAGUUCAAACAGAACACCUAUGUUUGUGCUUUUCGAAGUGAUAUUGUAAAACAUGGUAUGCAAGUUACAGAAGUAUACCUCCCUUAUUUUAUUGGUUGAUAUUGUGGUAGAAGUUAGACAAACAACUAUGAAGGAGCAACUUUUACACUGGAAUAUCUCGCCAGAAGAAUGAAAUAUAGACUAAUGCAUACCUUCAAUACUCCACUUUGUUUCAGCUUUUCUAGUGAAACGUACUGAAAUUCUGGGUAUGGAGAUUAUCCGUCAAAAGUUUGUUCUUAACACAAAUUCAUUAUUGUAAAGUUAACAAUUACCAUUUUUAAGACAGUGUAAUUAAUCUCUCGAGUAUCCAAGCAUCUAUUCAAUAUUUGCAUUGAAUGUGAAAACUAUGCAAACAAAAUAACUUAUGCAAGAGCAUCCAAAUGAUCUGUGUGAAGAUGACAAAGCAAUUAACUUGUACACCAGGGAAUUUGUUGUACUUGCUGAUGUAAGGUUAUAUGACGUGUAUUUGAAAAUUAAUUAUUUAUUCAGUAAUGUCAUCCUUAAUUGCUUUGCAUUCAACCAUAGUUAUAAACAGAAUGUGUUACUCUGUGGACAACUUUCUGACUGUAUUUUAGAGAAUUAUUGAAAAUAGAAGUGAAAAUAGAACUUCUACCUCUUGUUCCCUGCCCUCCUGCCUCUGACCAGUACCACACAACAUUUAUUGCAUUCUUCAGUGGAACAGUUGGUCCUCACAGCAGCUUUUUACGAAUAUGUUGUCCUUUCAUUAAUCACGUCUGUGUUGGAAGUCUAAAGUUUUGGUUUUCCUAUCCUCCAACUGAUGUUAGUAUAAUGAUUCCCCCUAGAAAAAAAAUUAAGUAAAAAAUGGAUGCAACCUCGGGUUAAGGGCUCAUAAGUGCCCAUUUGUUUUUUCUUUAUUUCCAAGAAUUUUCAAAUCAUUCCAGUUUCCCCUCUGUUCUGUAUUCUGCCCUAUCAAUGCACAAUGUGCUGUGAGGCGGUUUUUCGAUCCCAACCUUUUCCAGGUUUCAUUAGUGUUGCAUGUGCUAGACACAACAAUGUGUGAAAUCAGUACUGGCGCUAGGAAAGAGGAAGUCAAUCCUGGAUGCUGUGGUAGCUUGGGAUAUCGUGUGUUGAUACUCCAUCACACUGCACCUUUUGGACACUUGUUUGUGGUCACUUAAAAAUUCAGGGAAAAGUUAGUAUUUCAGAAUAUAACGAUGCUAGAAUACCGUCCUCUCAUGGAUUAAUGAUCAGCGAGUAAAACAGUCUUUUGAUUUAACCCAAAAUGAGCAGGAAGUUCUUGGCUCAGAGGACUGUACAGCUUCUGUUAGUUUUUUGGAACUGGAGUGACUAUAUUGGCUUUGAUCCAAUUUUCUGUUCCAUUUAGAAAGUUGGACCAACUUGCUAUAAAAGUACAGAGUCUCAUGAACCGUAGUGGUCAGUGUGCAUUUCACAUUGUGCUUAAUAAUUUGUCUGUGAAUCCCUCUCAGGUGCAACUGUUUGAUGCAGCAUUUUUGUAAUAUGGAAAUAUCAAUUUUAUCAUGUAGAAAUGUUACAAAAGAAAGAGAAACUGAAUUACACAGUGUAUUUCCCAAAGGCUAAUUAAUGUUGUACACAUUUUGUUUGUUUCUAAGAAAAAGACUAAGCCAAGUCUGUAAUAUUUCAAAGGACAUUUGUGUAUUUCUU